AUGGCCCCUUCCCCGACCGUCGCCGCCAACCUCAGCGAGGCCCUCAAGCAGGCCUUCGGGACGACCCCCGAGAACAUGGCGGUCGCGGCCGGCCAUGUUGCCGAGCUCGCCGCCGGCGCCAAGGACGUCAGCAGCUUGACGGCCCUCCUUAACGAGGGUCUCACCUCGACGGAUGCGAACCAUCGGCAGAGCGCAUGCGUCGUCGUCAAGGCGAUCGCCGAGAAGAAGGUCGCGCGCCUGGAACCGUACGUGACCCCCGUGCUCGGCAACGUCCUCGACUUGUACACGGACAAGAAGAUGCAGGUCCGCGGUCCUGCCGCCGAGGCCGCCAAGGCCAUCGUGCAUGCCACGAACCGGAACGCGAUCCGUGUGCUUCUGCCGCACAUCUUUGGCGGCAUGGACCGCACGAAGAAGUGGCAGACGAAGGCCGGCGCGUUGGAUCUCAUUCACGAUCUCUCGGAGCUUCACCCCGUUCAAGUCUCGCGCUGCCUUCCCGACAUCAUCCCGAACGCGACCGAGCAAAUGUGGGACACGCGCCCCGAAGUCAAGAAGGCCGCCCACGCCGUCAUGAUCAAGGCGUGCAGCACGGCGUCCAACGCCGAUAUCGAGCCGUUCAUUCCCGCGCUCAUCUCGUGCAUUGCCAACCCGGCCGAAGUCUCCGAGUGCGUCCACAAGCUCGCGUCGACGACGUUUGUCAAGACGGUCGAGGCGCCGGCGCUCGCCAUCAUGGAGCCGCUCCUUGUCCGUGGUCUGAACGAGAACAAGACGUCGGUCAAGCGCCAGACCGCUGUCAUCAUUGACAACAUGUGCAAGCUCGUGGAAGAGCCCGCUGAAGCGCUCCUCUUCACGCCCAAGGUCCUCCCGACGCUCAAGCGCAUCAUCGAAGCCGUCGCCGACCCCGAGUGCCGCGACGUGUGCACGCGCGCGCACGAGACGCUCUUCAUGGCCGCCGGUUCGGUCGAGCUCUCGGAAGACGAGACCAAGAUCGAGUUUGACUCGAUCCUCCAGACGCUCAAGUUCAUCCUGGAGAAGGACGCCAAGGCCAAGAAGGUCAAGAUUGACGACUCGACACUCAACUUUGUCGCGGGCUGCGGCUUGUACCUCACGGUGGCGCGCAACUUCAAGCCCGAGGACUGGUCCAACUCGGUCAAGCCGUACCUUGGCGCGUUCUUGGCCGAGGGCGAUAUUCCCGCCAUCACCAAGGGCUUCCGCGAAAAGUGCUACAAGGACAACAAGGUCAAGGUUGCCGAAGAUGUCGUCCAGGAAGACGAGGGCGAGGACCUCUGCGACUGCGAGUUCUCGCUCGCGUACGGCGGCAUGAUCCUCCUCAACAACGCGCGCCUCAACUUGAAGAAGGGCCACCGCUACGGUCUCUGUGGCCGCAACGGCUGCGGCAAGUCGACGCUCAUGCGCGCCAUUGCCAACGGCCAGCUCGAGGGUUUCCCGUCCAAGGAUGAGCUCAAGACAGUGUACGUCGAGCACAACUUGCAAGCGGAGGAAGCCGACCUCUCGGUCGUCGAUUUUGUGUUGAACGACCCCGACUUUAAGAACACACCUCGGAAAGAAGUCAAGGACACGCUGGCGUCGGUCGGGUUUACGGAAGCGAUGCAGGCGCAGGCGGUCGGCUCGCUCUCGGGUGGCUGGAAGAUGAAGCUCGAACUCGCCCGUGCGAUGCUCCAGAAGGCCGAUAUCCUCCUCCUCGAUGAGCCGACCAACCACUUGGAUGUCGCCAACGUGGCCUGGCUCGAGAACUACCUCACGUCCAUGACGACGAUCACGUCGCUGAUCGUCUCGCACGACUCGGGCUUCCUCGACAACGUCUGCACCAACAUCAUCCACUACGAGAAGAACCGCAAGCUCAAGACGUACGUCGGCAACAUGUCGGAGUUUGUCAAGAUCCGCCCGGAAGCCAAGGCGUACUACGACCUCGACGCGGCGACCGUGGCCUUCAAGUUCCCAGAGCCUGGUUUCCUCGCCGACAUCAAGAACAAGGGCAAGCCCAUCAUUCGUCUCACGAAUUGCUCGUACACGUACCCCGGGUCGUCCAAGCCGUCGAUCAACAACGUCAGCGUGACGUGCGCGCUCUCGUCGCGCAUUGCGGUGAUUGGUCCCAACGGCGCCGGCAAGUCGACCAUGAUCAAGAUGCUCACGGGCGAAACCGAGCCGACGCAAGGUACCUUGUGGAAGCACCCGGCCAUGCGUUUCGCGUACGUCGCUCAGCACGCGUUCCACCACAUUGAGCAGCACUUGGACAUCUCGGCCAACCAGUACAUCCAGUGGCGCUUCCAGUCCGGCGAGGACAAGGAGCUCAUGGCCAAGGAGACGCGCAAGUUGACGCCGGAAGAGAAGGAGCUUCUCGCCAAGCCCGUCAACUGGGAAGGCGAGAAGCGCGUCUUCGAGUCGAUCGAGAACCGCCGCAAGCUCAAGAAGUCGUUCGAGUACGAAGUCAAGUGGAUGAAGCUUCCGAACACGGAGAACUCGUGGAUCCCGCGUGAGAAGCUCGAGAAGUGGGGUUUCGACAAGAUCCUCCAGAUCGCCGAUGAUCGCGAAGCUGCCCGCGCCAACAUGCAGGCGCGUCCCGUCACGGCCAUUGCGGUGCAAAAGCACCUCGACAACUUUGGUUUGGCGGCCGACUUUGGUACGCACUCGCGCAUGCGCGGUCUCUCGGGUGGUCAGAAGGUCAAGGUCGUCCUCGCCGCUGCCAUGCCGGCACCAGCUGCGGACGCUAUGGGCAAGGCCGCCGAGGAGAGCCCGAUGCUGCAGGACGUGGUGGGAAGAAGCCCGUCUUUGACUGCCGACCUGCGCAACUUCGACUACCGGUGCACGCCCGCCGAGAUCGUCACCGACCGCAUCAAGCUCCUCCCGACGCUCACCAAGACGAUCUAG